AUGGAUUCUUUUCAAUUACCGUUGGAUUUAGAGUCAAGUGCACUUCAUGGAGCAUUAUCUUCGUCGGUAGUCACUCCACCAUUGACUUCGAGUAACAGUGGUAAUAUACCGACUGUUAGUGGAUCACAGAGUCAGUUGAAUAAAGCUCAAGUUGCACUGGCAAUGGCAUCGGCACUACAGAUGCACGAAGAAGAGAAAAAGAAACGUGAGGAGAAGAAGAGAAAGCGAGAGAAUGAAGAACAACUAAACAAAAUCAUUCGUCAAAAGAUGGAACAUGAAAAGAAAAAGUUGGACGAAGAGGAGAAACGUUCUUAUUCCUCCAAUCAAGAGUUAUAUACAAUUUUCAAUGAUCUCCAAAUGAUAUCACAUGAUUAUAACAUUCAAUUUGAAACACCAGAGUUGGUUGUUGUUGGAAUGCAAUCCGAUGGUAAAUCAAGUUUUAUUGAAUCAUUGUUGGGUUUUCAAUUCAAUAUUGUUGAGACUAAUAUUGGUACAAGACGACCGUUGAUCAUUCAGAUGAUGAACAAUCCAAAGAAGCUACAUCCCAGUUGUCGAUUCAAAAAGGAGGCAGCCAAUGGAGAGUAUAUUACCGAGGGUGACAAAUGGGAGGAUCACGAAACACCAGUCGAAGAGCUGACAGAAGAGAUUGUCAAACGUACAAACGAUCUGACUGGAUCGCGUGGCGAUAAAGUUAGUGCACAACCGAUAUUCUUGCGUGUCGAAUUCGCUCAGUGUUCCAAUCUCAAUAUCUACGACACACCUGGAUUCAGAAAGGGUGGUGAUGAAAAGUUAAAGUUGGAAAUCGGUGAUAUGGUGAAGAAGCUGAUCGAACCGAAACAUCGUAUCAUCGUUUGUUUGGAGCAGUCGAAUGUCGAGUGGGCAAACACCAUCUCGCGUCCACUGGUCAAGAAGAUCGAUACCGACUUUUCCAGAACGAUUCUCAUCAACACAAAGUUUGAUAAUCGUGUCAAGGAGUUGAGAACUCGCGAAAGUGCACACAAGUAUCUCGAGGGUGAAGGAAUCAUUGCGAAUAAGAAACCAUUCUUUAUUAGCUUACCACUUAAGCGUAACUUGGAACCACACAGAUUCAAAGACGCAAUGAAAGAAUCGUACUUGGAAGACUAUCGCAAACUCUUGGAAGUCAAUUUCGAUGAGAAUAGAUUCGGUCACCAAAUUGGAAUCUACAACGUCAAGGAACACAUUGAAAGUCUGUUGCAUGAAAAGUAUCAACAAAAUCUAUUACCAUCGCUACUGUCAUUGGAGAAUAUCGUUAGAAAGACAGAUAUGGAGAUCGCCAGAAUCAAGAAGGAGCUGGAGGAGAACAAUCUCCAUACUCUAAAGUUCAAGGUACUUCAAUAUGUUCAAUCAUUCAAUAUUCAGAUUGAACGGCUGUUGGAAGGAAGUGUCGUUGGUGACCCAGAUGUAUACGGACAAACUCUACAACAAGAGAUGGAACACUGUUGUGUACAAUCAUGGCCAAACUUUACUUUUAACUUUGACAUCCAGAAUGCCAACUUUAGUCUCUACGGAGGAGCUCAAUACGAGAGACUUUUAAAUGAAUUGGAAUACGUCAUUCACUCUCGUGAAUUCCCAGAGACAUCAAUCAACGAAGUUGCUUCGGCAAUUGGUAUUUCUAAAUCUCAUAAUUCACCAAUUUAUGAAUUGGCUGCUACCAAUAUUUUCCAGAUUAAAUCGAAAAAAGUAUUAUUACCACUCAUUGAUAUUGUAUUACAAAGAUGCACCUAUAUCAUGAAGAGAUUGUUUGAUAUAGGUGUGUCAAUCCUCAACAAUGAAGAAGGACAUGAAAUGAAUUCAGUUGCAUUGUAUGAGCAUUUUAUCACCGAGCUAAGAGCAAGAUACUACAAGUUCAUCGAGGAAAUCGAAGCAGAUUGCAAAAUCAGAUUAAAGGAUGAUUUCGAUACCUUUACAAAGAUUGUCGAUUGGAACUUACUAGGUGGUCUAUCAGAGAUUAAACAAUACAACUAUCUCAAAGUAACACCAGAGGAAACAAAACAAAGAGUUAUUUCAAUUAUGGAAGGAAAAUCAAAUGAAAAUGGUUUUGAUUUGUCAUCAAGAUCAAGAAGAAUAGAUGAUGAAACAUAUCAAAAAGUUUGUAUGAUAGCAGGUAGAUUGUUUUCUGGUAUUAGAUUUUUCUUUUCGAAAUAUAUUAGAAACAAAUUGAAUGCUUUCUUUUUGGAUCCACUCUUCCAACGUUUGGGAAGCUCAGUCAUCGAUCACUUUUCAAAGCUACCCGAUAAAAAGUACGAAGAGAUGUUCCAACUUGGUAUCGAAGAACUAAAGACAUUGUUGGUCAAGCUCGAGGCUCAGUCUAUCGAUUGUAAGAAAAACAGAGAUAAAUUCAAAGAAGUAUUCAAGAGAAUGAAAGCUGCAACCACCAAAACCAACGAAUCAUACAAUCCUGUUGAUGUAACAAUGACUCCAACCAAAUCAACUAGUUUCCAUGAAUAA